GCUCAUGGUGCGCUUUAGUGGGACAACCGUCCCCAGGACGGUGAGCCUUGGAGCAACGUACCUGUACUUUCGCGUAAACAAAACCUAUUCCGUUUUGUCCAACGCGAGGGACAGGCCGGUUCCCUCCUGCUGGAAUUAGACAGUAACGGUACUCAGUGCACAGUUUGCUCGGAUACCAUCCUCAAUAACUCGCAAAUCUUAUCAAGAUGGAAACUUUCAUACUAAUUUUAACACGCGCGUUACUGGGACUACUACUUACAACGAUUGCCAAUGAAAUAAUUGAAUACUUGUCUUUUAAAAACUUACCCGAAGCAAAAGGAGAAUUUUAUAAUUGCUUAAAUAACAUUGAAUUUGACGACAAUAUACAAAUAGAUAAAGAAUCAUUAUAUGCAUUUUUAAAUGACAUAAGAGAAAGUUAUGUGUCCGGUAAUUUACCACCGAUCAAUACGAGUAAAGAAGUAAUGAAAUUCAUUGGAAUGUUCGGUGAUUUAACACUAAAUAAGAUCAGUAAAGAAUUAAUGAACUCCAAAGGAGAACAAACAUCAAGUAUUAAAAAAGAUUUAAACAUUUGCUGUACUAUGUUUCAUGAGAGAUUGUUCGUAGUUGAAGAACCUAUAUUAACUAUAAACAAUGAUAUUGUUGCUAUGGCUUUAAAAAGAUAUGAUUCAGCUGUAAUUAUGCUUUAUGACUGCUUCAAAAAGUAUGGAUGUUUACCACAUAUUAAUGAAAGGAAAUUGAACCAUGACUCAUUUCGUGAAUCUACGAUCCGUAAUUUAAAAUACGUUAUCUCUAAAACUUCCACUCCUCAAUAUAUGGUUAAUGUUGUUCGAACUUUUCUUUUUGGUAAUAAUCCCAUUGAAUUUGGAAAAUAUUGUUCUGCAGCUUAUUAUACUUUAAUAACUUUAGUUGAAAAUCACUCUCUGGUUUGUUCUGGAUGAAAAUUACUAAGCAUCUCUUAAAAAUUUUUAAGAUUUUCCCAUUAAUUGCGAUUUGAAAACCGGAACUUAUAAUAAACUUUAAUAAAAAAAUUUUAUAUUCUG